UCAAUAGUAAUAUGAACAAAAUAUCUUCUUAGCUGAAUAUAUAUUCCAAAUAUUAUACAUCUCAGAUUUCGUUUCGUUUUUGAAAUUUCUCUUAGAUAGCUACUUCAAAAUGUUGAUUUAGACUUGGACCCAGUGUACACGCAGUACAGAUCAUCAUAUCGAAGAUCACGAGAAUGCGGGUCAAGAAACGUUUGUACAAUAGCAAAUAGCUAUGUGAUGAAUGUAUGUUUCGCACUAUUAUCUUGUGUAUGGUCAUAUGAUGGGAUGACGAAAAGAUUUUGGCCGGAAGACAGUAUGGGUGCUGGGGUUUCUUCUAAUGAAUAUCCAAAUUUGGACGUUCAAAAUUAUCCAGGAGUUGUAAUAAAGGAGAGACGUAAAAUGCGUAUGUCUGGUUUUGCUACUUUGCGAAAAAAGCUUAUAAAGCGUCGCCGGUAUUCCAAGGUGUGCAAUCAUAGUCGCAUCAUUAGAGAGUUGAUUUCCGACUGGUCACCAGCUGAAGUUACUGCUUUGCUUGAAGAAUAUGAAGCAUUAGCUGCCCUUAAAGAUUUGUCUGUACAAGCAGAACUAGCAAGACCUCCAGCUGCUACAUUUAAACAAGACUUGUCUACUCUAUAUGAUCAUAAAUAUUGUACCGAUGUUGAUCUCAUUUUCCGUGGUGUUUGUUUCCCAGUACAUAGAGCAAUAUUAUCAGCUCGGUGUCCAUAUUUUCGUGAAUUGCUAUUGGGUUGCCCUGGUUAUGGAGCACGCAUUUGUUUAGAUUUGAGAACCCCUGGUGUUGAUGUAGAUAUGUUUUCAGCAUUGCUAUGUUUCCUAUACACAGGCGAUAUAGCUCCUAGAGAUGGGAAUAUAGAUUUAGCUUUAUUAAGGAGACUUGGUGAUGAACUGGGCACACCAAAUGUAUUAGAAAAUGAUUUAAGAUACCUAUUAGAAACUGGUGACUAUGCAGAUGCUGCAUUGGUGUUCAUUCCAGAAGGAUAUUCAGAUCGAAGACCAGAAUCUACUGGAUCUGAAUAUGGUUUUCAACCAAAAUUGGAACUGCCAUGCCAUAAAUCUAUACUUAGUGCUAGGUCACCAUUUUUUAGAAAUCUUAUACAACGAAGAACUAAAUCUGGAGAAGAACAUACUGAAAGAGCUUUACAUAUUCCUACAAGAAUAGUAUUAGACGAAUCAGUUAUUCCAAAACGAUAUGCAAGAGUACUUUUACAUGCCAUUUAUUUAGACACAGUUGACUUGUCUCUGAUAUUAAGAGGUUCUGGAUGUGGUUCUUCUGCUGGCAGUUUAAGUGAAGUUGAAGCUCUAACAAAUACUGGACGUGUUAGACCUAGUCCAUUAGAUGAAGCUAUGGAAUUAUAUCAAAUUGGUCGUUUUCUAGAGUUGGAAAUUGUAUCCCAAGGUUGUGAAGAUCUUAUCUUAGAAUGGCUUACACUUGAAUCACUUCCAGGAGUACUUCGGUGGGGAAGUUUACCGCACGGGUCAGCAUGGGUUCAUCGGCAAGCUAAGCAUUUUUUACGUGAGGAAUUUUCUCAAGUUGCCAAUAGUCUUGUGUUGUUUCAACUUGAUAAAGCUCAUCUUAUAGACUGUUUAAAGAGUAAUUUUUUACAAGCAAGUGAGCUUGAAGUCUUACAAGCUGUUCUGAAAUGGGGGGAACAUGAAUUGAUAAAACGUAUGGAAGAUAGAGAGCCGAAUUUGGUGAGUCAAACAACACAUUCUGUAAGCAGGAAAGGUGUGAAAAAACGAGAUUUGAGUGAUGUAGAACUUCGAGAAAUAUUAUCUGAACUCUUACCUUUGGUACGUAUGGAUCAUGUUAUCCCUACAGAACAUGAAACAUUAACACAAGCAAUUAGAAGAGGUUUAGUAAGUUCACCACCAAGUCAUAUGAUUGGAAAUGAUUCACCAAUAUUGUCUCACCACAUGUCCCGAAUCAAUGCUUGGAUUAGACAUCCAUCGGGGCUUUAUGUGAGACCUAGGCUAUUUAUUCCAUACUAUGAUGAAAUUAAAUCAUUAUUUGAAGAUCAAAUGUUAAGAGAGGAUGAGGAACUUGUUCGACGAACUAGAUAUAUGCCUGAUGGUAUACCUGAUACUUUGUAUAUGAUCGAAGAAAAACCAACUCCAUCAUCAUAUGGUCUUUCAUCCCUUGAUGUGUUGACCGCUUCAAUACCUACACCAGAUGCAGCAACAAUGAAUGCAAUGGUUAAACGUGAUCAAAAACUGAGAUCUGCCCCAGGUUGUCAGCGUGCUAUAUCACUGCCAUUAUCUAAUCGACAAGAAAUUAAUCAUCAAAUCAGAUUAAGAGUUGUUCGAGAGUUUAAUUUACCUGAUCCUGUAGCUUAUCUUUUAGAGAAAGCAGCUAGUUCGGUUUGUUAUUGUGGUGGUGGCCCUGAUGAAAAACCAAAAGAAAGUUCAAGAUCUCGAAGUAGUCGUACAAGAAAAGAAAAACGAAAAGGUUUAGGAACUAGUACCUUACCAUCUGUGUAUGCGCAACACAAAUUAAGAAAACCACAUAGACCUUACGUUGUAAAUGAUAUGGCUUCAUCAUUACGAUAUACUAAUAAUAUGAGAUAUGAAGAUGAAGAUGAUUUUGAUGGCCGAGGUGAACAGAUAAUAAUGCCAGAUGUUGCAGCUGUAUCACUUUCUUUAGAUCAGUUGAACAUUUGUCCAAUUUUGGGCACUGAAACUGAGUUGAGAUUGGAUCUGGGUGACAGUUCACCUAAUCAGUCACCUUAUAAAACGCCACCUCCUCCUAAACAUUUCAUUUAGAGCAUGCUAAAUGUAGAGUAAUUUGUAAGAUGCUUUGUUAUUAGUAUAUAGAGUUCCACAUAAUUAAUAAUCGUACAUAGGCUAUUGAAAAACAAAAGCAGGACUCUACUUUUUAGGAGUUUCGUUUUAGAAAUUCAGUCGUACUUUGGAAAUUUACAAUUUUCUGUUACCAUUAUAUUCAUUUCUUGUGCAAUAUUAUUUUUUUUUCUUUUUUCAUUAUUGGAUUCAAUUGUUUUUUUAGUUGUUUGCAAAAACAAGGACAAGUAUUAGUCAAUUAUUUGACAAUGUUUUAUUAAGUUUUUUAUGUAUACAUUUCAUCAACUGCUGAUUCUCAAAUUUUAUCAUGCUCAAAUAUAUCAUUACUUCCUUCUUAAAUAUGAGCAGCACAAUUCAAAUAAGUAUUAUUAUUAUUAUUAUUAUUAUUAUAGUCAUUGUUGUUUUAAAUGAAUAACCUAUCAAUCAUUUUAUUAGUUAUUAGUUUAAAAAUCUUUUGACUGAACAAUGAAGCUUUUACUAUUUUUGAGUUUAAUCAUUUCCAUUUUGUUUCUUAUUUGGUUAAUUUUUUUUAACUAAUAAAUUAUUAUUGUGAUUCUUAUGUCUUGUAAAUGUUUUGGCUGCUAAGUUUACUGAAAUUUUAUCUAUAUAACUGUUAAGUUGAUUACAUAGAUUUAUUACUCUUGAUUUUAUCAGUGUUGGUUAGUGGCAAGUAUUCAUUUAACAAAGUACACUAAAGAUUUUCUUCCUGAGCAAAAUGUUUUCUCUUUAUUGUAUUAGUUUUUUUUCUUCUACUUAUACUAAGGGAAAUGUCUUCAUCUUUUUUGUUUAUUCCAACACUAUGUGUCUAUUCAACAGUAUUGUAAAAAUAUAUCUUUAUUAAAAUAAAAUAAUAUGACGCUCGUUGCUGUACAUGAUUAUUCUUGCCAACCGCAUUGUACAUAUGUUAUAAACUGUGUUUCUACACACAGCGAAGAGCAUUUAGUAUUAGAUUUUUGGGUAUGUUGCAAUAAAACAGGCAUUGAUGUAUCUUUAAAUUUAUAAAUAUAUAGCCGAAUAAUUUAUUAAUGAAACAAGUUGUUUACCUAUUUUCUUUUUCUAUAUUGUACCUGAUUAAAAUCCUGAAAUUUAUAUAUUUUUAUGCAUAAAUGUUUUAAAAUAAUGUCCCAGUAAAUAGUUAUGGUGAGGCGGCAUAUGUAUUGGGUUUUAAUUGAAUUUUUUUUUUUGUAUUUGUAAACAAGGUGGUCGUAAUUUGGAAACAUUAUUCCUAAAAUUAAGUCUCAGCUAUGUAAUGGAAUCCGAAUUAUAAACAAAAAAAAAAAAAACAUUUUGAUUGAAAGCCGAUCUUGUAUGCCCUGGACAUUUAUUUCAAAACAAAUUAUAUGUAAAUAUAUAUAUUAUAAUUUAUCUCAUUAAUUCUUUAAUACC